CUCAGCUCCAUUCUGUUCAGGAGGAGAUGAACAUCCUCGAAGAGGAGAAGGAGAAUGAGUUAGAGGAGGUCCAGCAGGAGCUGCGCUUGGCUCAGGAGGAGGUGCUGAUUCUCCAGCAGGCAGCCGAGGAGACGGCGGCUGAAAGGGAGAACGACAUCGCCUCCCUGCAAGAGGAGCUCUGUCGUCUGAAGGCAGAGCUGCAGCGUCUCCAUUCCACCACGGCUGAGUACGAGCUGGAGGUGAACACGCUGAGAGCCGAGAUGAUCCUGAAGAGCCUCAACGCUGACAAACGUGGGGAGGAGACUCAGCUUCACGACGAGUUUGUUUCUCUGACAGAUGAACAUCAAACUCUGAGCAGCAACAAUAGGCAACUGAGUAACAAAGUGGAGCAACUGCAGCAACAAGAUGAUGUGUGUGAUGAUGCGUACCUGGCAGUCAGAGUGCAGGGCGACACUGAACCAGACGAGCAGGUAAAAACGGACCCUUACAUCACUCUGUCUCAACCUGGACCAGAGGAGGAGGAGCUGGACCCAUCACUGGUCCAGGAUGAGAUCAAAAUCCUGAAGGUACAGCUGAAGCAAGCUGCAGAGACGGCCCAGAAGGUCCAGAAAGAGUGUGAGGGUCUGAAGGCCGAGUUUGAUGAGCUGCAGAACCUGUACGAACAGAGUCAGCAGGAACGUGCGGUGCUUGAGCUGGAGCUGCAGCGCUGCAAGAAUGAGCUGUACAACCUGCUGGGUGGAACAGCAAAGCAGAGCUAUUCUGAAGGCUGGAACCUGGUGGUGGCGGCGGUUGCCGUGGCAGCCAUUGCAGCUCUAGUGGUUCCCAGUUUCAUCAGAACCUGAGGACUGACAGGAAGUGACCUCACGGCAAGCUGUGGGAUCUUGGGACUGCUGUCAUCCAUCCAGCACCGCCCUCAUCCAUGUCGCCGUCCUCAUGUCUGCUUGUUGCACGUUUCAACCAAACGCUACAGACGGCAGUGAGUUCUGGAGGAAGAAAAAACAGUCAUCAAAAAUGUCUAUCUAUCCUU